CUUCAAAAGUAACUUCUUUUUUCAUUUUUUUCUUUUUAUUUCUUUACCACCAACUUUUGCUUGAACAAAUAGUAAUAAUGAGCGAUUACAAGAAAAGACAACAAGAAGCUCUGCUAUACGCAAUUAAUUUACCCAAGGACUUACUAGAGACUUUAGAACCUGUGGAGAAGGAAACCGAAGCACUUUUAGACAUUGAGGAAAAGAAAGAUGAGACAAUAAACGCGUUGGCGCUCGAGAGAUUACAAUUACAACAGGAUCGCUUAGAGAAUGGCGAAGAGAAUAGCACCAAUUUGACUUGUAACACCUGUGCCAUUUCUUUCAACGAGCGUGAAGAACAACGUAAUCAUUUCAAUACCGAUUGGCACCGUUACAACAUUAAAAGAAGAGUGGUUUUGGAUGUUAAGCCUGUAGCACUGGAAGAGUUUGAAAUUUUGUUAUCUGACUUGACAGAAAGUAUUUCCGGGUCAGAAGAAGAUGAUAGCGAAGAAGAGGAUAAUGACUUACAAAAGGAUAAUAUCCAUUCACUUGUUCAGAAACAAAAGAAGGAGCAAGAAGAAAGGGAACUCUUAUUAAACGAUGCAAAACAAGUAGUGUUACCCAUGAUGAAGAAGUACUCUGCGCUAAAUUGGUAUAGGCAAUCCAAUGUGAAGGAUUCGAGUCAUUAUGGUGUUUAUCGACAUCUAUUUAACAGUACUCACACCACAUUGAAAUCUAUUCAACAGUCCAAUUUUGCGAACAAGAAACGUACAUGGACAAUUCUGAUGUUGGGAGGUGGUCAUUUUGCAGGCUGUGUAAUUGAUGUAAAUGCUAGUAAAGGAGCGGGUGAAAAAUCGAUUGAUAAACAAGUUCAGUUUGUAACACACAAGACAUUUCAUCGAUACACCACUCGUAGAAAGCAAGGUGGGUCUCAAUCUGCUAAUGAUAAUGCUAAGGGAGCAGCCAAUUCAGCAGGUGCACAAAUUCGUAGACAUAAUGAGCAGUUGCUUGAACAGGAAGUGAGAGAAGUGAUAUCUCAAUGGCGUCAGCACAUUUUGAAUAGUGAACUCGUGCUUGUUCAUGCGCCCAGUGGUAAUCGCAAGAUCCUCUUCAAUUACCAAGGCGCAGUUCUCGAUGCCCAAUCGGUCAAAUCCAUCCCAUUUGUGACUCGAAGACCAACAUUGGGAGAACUUAAGCGUGUCUAUACUGAAAUUACCACAGUCAAAGUCGUACAGGUGGAUGAACAAGCUAUUGAAUCUUAUAAACAAAAAUGGAUUGAAAAUCAAGAGAAACAGAAACAAUUGAUGGAAAAAUCCUCUACCGUUUCAAAAAAGGUGAAGCAAGUUGUUGAAAAGAAUAUUGAUCCGGACUUGGAGAAGCUGCUGGAAUUGAUCAAGCAAAAUAAGACGACGGUGACCUUAGCAUUCAUUCAAAAACACAUGAAUUUACCGUUAUCGGGUUUAUUGCCACAAGAAUUAGCGAAUCAAGAAGAUCUUUAUCAUUACCCAACUAUUUUACAUAUGGUGUCUAAUAUGGGCGCAGCUGCUGAUUUAGUAACAGAUUUAUUGAUCAAAUAUGAUGUGGAUCCAACGAUCGUCAGUGAUGCUGGUAAGACUGCAUAUGAAGUGAGUAAAGAUAAAGAGACAAGAAAUGCAUUUAGAAGAUGCAUGUGUGAUUAUCCUAGCAAGUGGAACUGGUUAGAGGAUGCAAGAGUACCCAGUCCAUUGACAGAAAAACAAAUGAAGGAUCAAGAAAUUAAAGACAAAAAGAAGCUUGCCAAGGAACAAGAAAAGAAGCGAUUAAUUGAAUUGGAACGUCAAAAGAUACAAGAAGCACGUGAAGCAAAAGAAGCUGAAUUAAAGUUUGAAAAGGUGCAAGCAACGAGAGCCAAAAAUUACAUGUUGCCUAUUGUGAAUACGGAAAUUGUGAAUACAUCAAAUAUGACACCAGAAGCACGAAUGAGAUUGGAACGAGAAAAACGGGCAAGAGCUGCAGAAGAAAGAAUGAAGAAAAAAUAAAAAGACAAAAAAAAUAAAUAAAAACUCCUAUUUUUUUCGUCUUUC